AUGGCGGCAGCAGCGGCGACUGCCCCGCGGUGGUCCCCCCUGGUGGUCGCCCUGACGGCCGCGCUGCUGGUCGGUGUCGGCGCGGCUAUGGACGAGUGUUCAGACGAGCAGGGUCGCGCGCAACGCUGCAUGCCGGAGUUUGUCAACGCCGCCUUCAACGUGACUGUGGUGGCCACCGACACGUGCGGGAGCCCCCCCGAGGAGUACUGCGUCCAGACGGGGGCCACCGGGGUCACCAAAUCGUGCCACAUCUGCGACGCUCGCGACCCCCGCAACCAGCACGGCGCCGCCUUCCUCACCGAUUACAACAACCAGCUUGACACCACCUGGUGGCAGAGCCAGACCAUGUUAGCCGGGGUCCAGUACCCCAACUCCAUCAACCUCACCCUGCACCUCGGCAAGGCUUUCGACAUCACCUACGUGCGCCUCAAGUUCCACACGAGUCGGCCCGAGAGCUUCGCCAUCUACAAGCGCAGCAGCCAGGAUGGACCCUGGACGCCAUACACGUACUACAGCGGCUCUUGCGAGAAGACAUACGGCAAGACCAACCGCGGUUUCAUCCGUACCGGCGAGGACGAGCGGCGGGCGCUCUGCACCGAUGACUUCAGCGACAUAUCGCCACUCACCGGCGGCAAUGUGGCCUUCUCCACGCUAGAGGGGCGCCCAAGCGCCUACAACUUUGAUAACAGCCCCGUGCUCCAGGACUGGGUGACGGCCACCGACAUCCGCGUGACCUUGAAUCGUCUGAACACGUUUGGGGACGAGGUGUUCAACGACCCCAAAGUGCUGAAGUCCUACUACUACGCCAUCUCCGACUUCGCCGUGGGCGGAAGGUGCAAAUGCAAUGGUCAUGCCAGCGAGUGCGUGAAGGAUGCCGGCGGUCGUCUGGUGUGCAACUGCAAGCACAACACCGAGGGAGCUGACUGCCAGCUGUGCAAAGCCUUCUACAACGACCGCCCGUGGAGGCGCGCCACCGCCGACAGUGCCAACGAGUGCAUGCCGUGUGAGUGCAGCGGCAAGAGUUCAGAAUGCUACUUUGAUGCCGAGCUGUACCGCGCCACGGGUCGCGGUGGGCACUGCAAGAACUGCGCCGACAACACGGACGGACCCAAGUGCGAGCGCUGCCUGGACCACCACUACAGACGAGGCGGCAACGACGACCGAUGCCUGCCCUGCGCCUGCAACUCUGUCGGUUCCGAGUCCCCCCAGUGCGACAACCGAGGGGUGUGCGCGUGCAAACCGGGAGUGACGGGCGAAAAGUGUGACCGCUGUCAGCCUGGAUUUCACAGUCUGACUGAGGCCGGAUGCAGGCCGUGUUCGUGCUCGGCGGCAGGAAGCACUCAAGAAUGUGACGUCAACACGGGACAAUGUCGCUGCAAGGAAAAUGUGGAAGGGUUCACCUGUGACAGGUGCAAGCCGGGCUUCUUCAACAUGGACCCUGACAGCGCCGAAGGCUGCUCGCCGUGUUUUUGCUUCCUUCACUCGUCCGUCUGCGAGAGUGCCAGCGGGUUCAGCGUGCAUACCGUGUCGUCCACCUUUGAGCGAGAUGACGAGCGUUGGACGGGCCAGCAGCGCGACUCUUCCAGCGUGCCAGUGAAUUGGUCACCCAGCGGUCAGGACAUCUCGCUGAUCUCCGAAGAUUACUUCCCCAUGUACUUCGUGGCGCCAGACAAGUUUUUGGGCGACCAGCUGCUGAGCUUCGGCCAGAACUUGAGUCUGAGUUUCCGCGUGGAGCGCCGCGACACACGGCUGUCGGCCGAAGACCUGGUCCUGGAGGGGGCCGGCUUGCGGGUAGCUGUGCCCCUUAUCGCCCAGGGCAACGCCUACCCCAGUGAGCACAAGGCCCACUACGUCUUCAGACUCCACAACAGCGCCGACUACCCGUGGAGGCCGGCCGUCAGUCACUCAGAUUUCCAGAAACUUCUCCACAAUCUGACAGCCAUCAAGAUCCGCGGCACUUACAGCGAGAAAAGUGCCGGCCACCUGGACGACGUGACCCUGGUGACGGCGCGGCAGGGGCCGGGAACGCCAGCCCGCUGGGUGGAGCACUGCACAUGUCCACUGGGGUAUGAGGGUCGGCGCUGUGAGCGCUGCGCGACUGGCUACCGCCGUGCUCGCCCUCUGCUGGGAGCUUUCAGCGACUGUGAGGCCUGCCACUGCAAUGGGCACAGUGACGCUUGCAACCCCGACACUGGUGCAUGUGACUGCCAGCAUAACACGGGUGGUUUAAGCUGCGAACGCUGCCGGGACGGUUUCUAUGGCGAUGCCACCAAGGGAACGUCCUUGGACUGCCAGCCAUGCCCUUGCCCUGCCGGCGCCACCUGCGCUGCCAUCCCUAAGACCGACCAGGUGGUGUGCACCAACUGCCCCACCGGCACCACAGGCAAGCGAUGCGAGCUGUGCGACGACGGCUUCUUUGGGGACCCACUAGGCCAGGGCGGUCCGGUGCGCGCCUGCCGCGCCUGCAAGUGCAGCGACAACAUCGACCCCAACGCUGUGGGCAAUUGCGACCGCGAGACGGGCCAGUGCCUCAAGUGCAUCUACAAUACGGACGGCUUCUUCUGCGACCGUUGCAAGGAUGGCUUCUACGGAAAUCCGCUAGCGGCCGAACCGACUGACAAGUGCAAUGCGUGUGCGUGUUCCCCACAUGGCACGCUGGGCGGUCAGACCGGCUGCUCGACGGUGACGGGGCAGUGCCCAUGUCUGCCCAAUGUGGUCGGGCGCGACUGUGGUGCUUGUCAGCCGGGAUUCUUCAAUUUGCACAGUGGGAAUGGCUGUGAGCGGUGCAACUGCGACGCCAUUGGGUCAACCAACGGUCAGUGCGAUAUGGUGAGCGGGCAGUGUGAGUGCCAGCCGGGCGUGACCGGUGCCAGAUGCGAACGCUGCGAGGUCAAUUUCUUCGGUUUCGGCUCGUCCGGAUGCAAACCCUGCGACUGCGACCCUGAGGGUGCCCAGUCAGGUCAGUGUCAGGAAGACGGACGCUGCCUGUGCCGGCCCGGGUUCGUGGGCGCCCGAUGCGACAUGUGUGAGGAGAACUACUUCUACAACCGCUCGGCACCUGGGUGCCAGCAGUGUCCUUCCUGCUACAGUCUUGUCCGCGAUAAAGUCAACCAGCAACGUCAGAAGAUCCACGAGCUCCAGACGCUGAUCGAUAACCUGGCGUCUGGUCAGGAGACUGUCAGUGACCAGGCCUUUGAAGACCGCCUGAAGGAAGCAGAGCGUGCCGUCCUGGACCUCCUCGACGAAGCACGCGCCAGCAAGGAUGCGGACCAAGGCCUAGUGGAUCGUCUCAACAUCAUCAACGGCUCACUCACAACGCAAUGGAAACGCCUGCUGAACGUUCGCGGCUCUGUGGAGGAGACGGGUGCGCGGGCUGACCGUGCGCGUGACCGAGUCCGGCAGGCCGAACACCUGAUUCAUCGAGCGCGACUGGAGCUGGACAAGGCCAAGGACGCCGUGGCCCAAGUGGACAUCAAAGCUCCGAGUGGCGAGGGCGAUCCCAACAACAUGACGCUGCUGGCCGAGGAAGCUCGCAAGUUGGCUGACAAGCACAAGACUGACGCUGACCAGAUUGAGAAAAUCGCCAAGGACGCCAAUGAUACAUCGACCAAAGCGUACAACCUGCUCCUCAAGACGCUGGAUGGAGAAAGCCAAACUGCCCGGCAGAUAGACGAGCUCAACAGGAAGUACAAGGAGGCGCUGGAGCUGGCCAAGAGUUUGGAGAAGCAAGCUAACAAAGUCCAAGCAGAAGCCGAGGAGGCGGGAAACCAUGCUCUCAAAAUCUUUGCCAACCUCACCGAUCUACCGCCCUUCGACACGCACACCCUGGAGGAGGAGGCUGCCAAGAUCAAGAACGAGGCGUUGGAAUUGGACAGACUGAUUGACAAGGCGGAGAAGGAGUACAACGAGCUGAGGGAUGACCUCAGACCCAAAGAGGAGGAAGUGCGAAAACUUCUGGAAAAAGGCCGAAGCGAACAGCAGACGGCUGACCAGCUUCUGGCCCGCGCUGACGCCGCCAAAGCCACAGCAGAGGAGGCUGCCAAGCGCGCUCAGUCCACCUUCCGCGAAGCUGAGGGCAUCCUAGACGACUUGCGAGACUUUGACCGGCGAGUCAACGACAACAAGACGGCGGCGGAGGAGGCCCUGAAGAGGAUUCCGGCCAUCCAGGCCACUGUGGCCGCCGCUGCUGCCAAAACACGGCAGGCCGAGGCAGCGCUGGGGAAUGCUGACGCCGAUGCCCGAGAAGCCAAGAUCAAAGCGGAGGAGGCCGAGCGCAUCGCAGCUAAUGUGCAGAAGGGCUCAGCCAAGACCAGGGAGGAUGCUGAGAAAGCCCUACAGGAUGCCAACAAGCUGGACGGUGAGGUCAAUGGCUUGAUGGACCAGCUGAGCGCCGCUGAGGAGCAGCUGAGUAAGAAGAAGGCCGAGGCCGACCAGGAUAUGAUGAUGGCCACCAUGGCUUCCAACAAUGCCAAGGAUGCGGAGGAUAACGCCCGCAAGGCCAAAAGCGCAGUCAAGACUGUCCUCAACUCCAUUGCCCUCCUGCUGGAACAACUCGGCAACAUCGACAAAGUGGAUGUGAGUAAGCUUACGCAAAUUGACGAGUCGCUGCGGCGGGCAAAAGACAAGAUGGCCGACAGCGACCUGGACCGCAAGUUGAAGGAACUCAACGAGGUGGCCCAAACGCAAGAGGCCAUGAUCGGCGACUACGAACGGCAGAUUCGAGAGAUCCGCGCCGACAUCGCCAACCUUAACGACAUCAAGAACACGCUGCCCGACGGCUGCUUCAACACGCCGUCCCUAGAGAAGGCUUAA